CGUAACAUGGAGCAGAUCUGAAAAAGAUCUUAACUUGAGUAUAAUUUAUUUGUUAUCUGGUGAAAAUAAUUCUCUUAAUGAGACGAGAAAAGCAGUGAAAAUUAACAAAAUAUAUUAGGUCAAUUAAAAACUAAAUGUGAGAUUCUGUAAUCUUUGAUUCUGAUUCCGCGUGGUUUGAAUUUGCUUCGCGGGUCAUUGCGCAUUACGCGAUCGCAUGUUGAUUGGAGAGGAGCGUUUUUGAGGUUAAGUUUUGAUUCCUCCCCGCAUGCAUUGUGAGAUAAAAAGUUGAAAAGGAUAAAAAUAGUGAAUUAACGAGAAAAUGACUGGAUUAGUGACACAGUUUGCAAGAUAUACUGUUCGAACAGCAAUUAGAACACAAAAAACAGAAAUUCGUCGAAUAGUUUCACAAAAAUCAUCAAAUUCUUUUGCACGUCACGUACAUACUUCACAGGCUCUUGAAAAAGCAGAAAGGAAAUAUACAAAUAAACAUGAGUGGGUAGAGCUUAAUGGUAAAAUAGGUGUUGUUGGAAUUUCUAAUUAUGCUCAGGAUUCUCUUGGCGAUGUUGUUUAUGCACAACUUCCAGACGUUGGUUCUUUUAUUAAAAAAGAAGACGAGUGUGGGGCACUAGAAUCUGUAAAAGCAGCAUCAGAAAUAAUAAGUCCUGUUUCUGGGAAAGUUAUCGAGAAAAAUGAAGCUGUAGAAAAUAAACCGAGUUUGAUAAAUUCUUCGUGUUACGAGGAUGGUUGGCUGUUUAAAAUUGAACUCGAUAAUCCUGAGGAAUUGCAGUCACUAAUGGAUGAAAAUUCAUACAAUGAAUUUCUUAAAUCCGAUCCACAUUAGAAAACUAUUUUUUUUUUCUCAUUAGCUAAAAGCAGCAAACUUUUACACUAAAUAAUAGUUUCCAUUUGUUACGAAAAUUGUGUGAAAAAAUAUCUUUUAAUAAAUUAUUCAAAUAAUUUUAAAA